AUGUCUGUAUCUGGGAUUGGCGCGUCGCCAGAGUUGCUCGCUGCGUUCACCGACGCAGUCAAUAAUGAUGGGAUCCGUGUGCUCAAAGUGGCCAUUGUCAACGAGGCGCUCGUGCCCGAUCAGACGUGGCCCAAGACGGGCGAUCUCAAGACUGAUUUUGAGCAUGUACAGGACUAUGUAGAGGACAACGUCCCUGCGUAUCUUCUCGUCCGUCUUGACAGUGCGGAUUGGCUUUCUAUCAGCUAUGUCCCCGAGACGGCAAAGAUUCGAGACAAGAUGUUGUAUGCGAGCACGCAGGGUGCACUCAAAAAGGCACUUGGAGAGAACAGAUUUAAAGAUAGUCUCUUUGCAACUUCGAAAGCAGACUUGACACCAGAGGCAUACGAUGCUCAUGUACAGCACAUGCUCGCGCCCAAACCUCUCUCUGCGCGCGAAGCAGAAAUGGCAGGCGUACGUGCCGCCGAACGCGCAGCGGGAGCCACGUCCUACGAGGGCAUGCGCGCUAAAAAGUCGCACAUGGGUGCGAUCGGUCUCAAGUGGACGGAAGAAGCGGAGAGCGCAGUCAAGGCACUCGCAGAUGCUGGUGCCGAAUCUGCGCUCGUUCUCCUAAGUGUGGACAUGGAUCAAGAGUCACUUGUGUUGAAGGAUUCCGCAAAGGGUGUCUCGGCGGAUCAGGUCGGGCAACGGAUCCCUGCGGAUGAGCCUUCGUUUGCCCUGUACUCCUGGCCUCAUCAGAACAACCAGCAAGACGUGACCUCGAUCGUACUGAUCUACUGCUGCCCGGCUUCCUCGCCCAUCAAGCAAAAGAUGGUCUACUCCGCCGAGGCAAACUCGUUGAGGCAUAUUGCCAAAGGCUGGGGACUGGACAUUGCACGCAAGGCAGAAACGUCGGAUCCGACGGAAAUCAGCGAGGCCUAUUUGAUGCUCGAACUCGGACACGAUGCUACCGGUCCUUCUACCCCAGCAGGUUCGGAGCGAGUGGCGUUUGCAAAGCCGCGAGGACCACCGCGCCGGCGAUAG